AUGGCUUCCGGCUACGACAGAGCUCUGUCUGUCUUCAGUCCCGAUGGACACGUCUUCCAAGUCGAGUAUGCCGGUGAAGCAGUGAAGAGAGGAACGUGUGCGGUCGGCGUCAAGGGCAAGGAUAUUGUCGUACUCGGAUGCGAGAAGCGAUCUGCCAUGAAGCUGCAGGACACACGAAUCACUCCCUCCAAGCUCGGUCUGAUUGAUACCCACGUUUGUUUGGCAUUCGCCGGUCUGAAUGCCGAUGCCCGAAUCCUUGUCGACAAGGCGCGACUAGAAGCCCAGUCACACCGCCUGACUGUCGAGGACCCUGUCACGAUAGAGUACAUCACCAAGUACGUCGCUGGUGUUCAGCAACGCUACACGCAAAGCGGCGGUGUUCGGCCUUUUGGUAUCAGCACUCUCGUGGUCGGAUUCGACAAGGGAAGCACUGUUCCCCGACUCUAUCAGACAGAACCCUCAGGAAUUUAUUCCGCAUGGAAAGCGAAUGCUAUCGGCCGUUCGAGCAAGACGGUCCGCGAGUUCCUCGAGCGCAAUUACAAGGAAGACAUGGACCGGGAGCAGACCAUUCGGCUGGCGAUCAAGUCCCUCCUCGAGGUUGUGCAGACCGGAGCCAAGAACAUCGAGAUUGCUAUCAUGGCCCCUGGUAAGGCGAUCGAGAUGCUUCCUGUCGAGGACAUCGAGAACUACGUCAAGAACAUUGAGCAGGAGAAGCAGGAGGAGGCUGCCAAGAAGAAGACGGGCCGGACACCUGGCACCGGCAGCGCGGCGAUCCUGACCAGGGGCGCACAGGGCGAGUCCGAGGAGCAGUAG